AAAUUGUCAUCUCCAACACAAAGCAAUGAAAAAACGGAUGUAAUUGGUGCAUAAGUGUCAGUGAAUUCCCGAAAAGUGCUUAGAGUGCAGGAUUCCGCGAGCAAAAAAUGGUUGUCUGCACAGCCACGAUGCCUAUGGAAACGAGGCAGGUGCCCGCGAUGAAGAAGGAGCCCCUGCAGCUGAUGGAUAACGAUAACACCGCGAACCCUGAACCUUGUGACCCCUGCGACGGGGGGGUCGCGAAAGAAGAUCGCGAGGAGGGCGAGAUUGUUGACGACUUUGAGCUGAUCAUUUCGUCUGAGGACGAGGAGUUCAAGCUCCGCGCCCGCAUCCAGCAGCUGGAGGAGAACAACAAGGAUGUGGAGCGCAUGGACAUGCUGUCCGCCAAUUUGGCACAUCAAUACAAUUACCCUAAGCCUGUGCCGCGCCUGCCGACUUACCAGCAAAAGCCCUCUGUUUACAUCCUGUCAGAUGUGUCUAGUCAGUCGGAGGACGAGUUCGAGACACAGCGCAGGUAUCGCAAGCACAAGCUGCGUCGCCUAGAUCUGGGCAAAAAGAACCAUCAAUCGUUGUCCAGUGAUUACAGGAGGAACCCCUUUGCUAGGCGCCACAAACAGCCUUCGCCACCCUCACCUGUGCCUCAGCAGCGCCGGCGGCAGGGCUAUAACCACCACCAGUCCAAUCAUCACCAGCACCGCCACCAGCAGCACUACCAGCUUCAAGAUUCCCUAGACAGCGUCACUGAUGGCGAGCUGGGCGAAUACGAUAUGAACGAUGAGAACGAAGAAGACGAGAUUGAUCUGCAAAGGCUCAAACUGAGCAGGGAUAAGCUGCGCGUGGCAUUAGCUCGGGAGGAGCGGCCGGAUGUCAUAAGUCAGUACAAAAACAGCCUCAGGGAGCGACUGCAGUACCGCAUGCGCAAGUCCCCCAGUCCCAAGUAUAGAAAGGAAUACCCGCAGGAGGCGGAACUACCGCUGCCUCCUCUGCAUGCGCUCUCCGACGGCGGAGAGGAUGAACCCGAACAAGAGCAGCCGCAAGGCGAAGAUCCUGCCGAGCUCAAGUUGCGACUGAUAGCCCUUAAAUCUGCGAUACUGAAAAAGCAUCUGGCGCGCAAAAAGCGAGAUGCGGAGCGAGCCUACUCGCCCACUGAUAUGAUCAAUCGUGUGCAUCCCGCCAUUUCCAAUGACGACGACAUCGAUGACCUGAUGGAGAUCAGUCCAGCAGCAUCGCCAGACCGUGUGCAAAGUCCCCCUAGAUACUCAAUAGACUAUGCCGUAGACACAAAGCCCGUGGACAUGGAGCUGGCUGAAACGGACAGCGAUGAUCAGCAUAAGGAUGUCUGGAAUUCUUGGUCGAACAACUGGAACUCCAUGGACCACGCAGGUGGCAGUUGGCGCUGCUUCUUGCCCAACACCCUGCCGCAUGUUUCGGUUCCCAUUGUGAUAGACGAGGAAGAUGAGGAUGAUAUGAAGACGGAUGGUCGGAUAAGGACAGAGCAUAGAGAUUUCGACGCCGAUGACGAUGAGGUACCGCCACCACCGCCGCCCUUUCACAUUCCACAUAUGCAUCUGGAGGACGAGGAUGCCCGGGAUGCCAUGCACCUGGUCGACCAGCAUUCCAGUCAUAGUUAUAUUACUGAGAUGCAGUCCGUUUCAAUGGAAAACUCGCAGACGCAAUUGAAGGCUCUCGACCAAUCCCAGCCGGAUUCCAGUGAUGACGAAGCGGGAGCGUUGCGAGCCAUUUUGCUGUCUAAUUUGCGAGCAAUUAAGCCACCUCCACCUCCUCCAGCAACUCCUCCUCCGCCCGUUGCUCCCGCUUUUGUUCCUGCUCCUGUUCCGGCGCCUGUUCCUGCUCCGGUUGCAGCCCCUGUACCAGUUCCAGUACCUGAUUUAGUUUCCCCACCUGUAAUUGCUCUUGUACCUGGUCCUUUAGCGAAACUUAAAGAGGAAUCAAGCCAGGAAAAUGACUCAGAUGAUCCGGAGGAACUGCGUUUACUGCUCCUCUCCAGCAUAGCUGGCAAGAAGCGAGUCAAUGGCCCUAAAUCGCAAUCAGAUUUAAGUCCAGAGAUACUUAAAAAUGCUGUGAGGCGUUUCCAAUCCACUGGAUUGCCAUUAAAAGACGAACAGUCGCAGGAUCAGCAGCCAAUUUCAGAAGAGAGUGCUGAACUAGAAGCAGAUAAGAAAAUAUUAACGGAGACUGUUGUGGAGCCGAUUACCAUGGAAGCUUGCCCCAUCCCCACGGAAGCUGCUCCCAUUCCCAUUGAAGCUGUCGAAUCCCCACAGCCAGUUGUAAAACUUACCAUCCAGGCCAAGAAACCCACGUCCCCCUCUACAAAAAUUAUAAAAAUUGUCAAGCCCAAUAAGGUGAUCAACAAAAAGACGACGACCAAGAGAAAACUGCCAACCGAUGGGAUAUCUGGCUCAGGUUUGAGCAUUAAGCGGCCAACAACAUUAAUGAUCAAGGAGCCCAACGCUCCACUGCACAUUCAGACUGCUACCUCGCCCAGUACUCGCCUUAUUACCACCGUAGAUCCAGCUAGCAUCAAGGUGAAUAAGCUGAUCAUCAGCUUAGCGGAGGAGUCAGCCGCCAGCGAUGAUGACCUGGAGCUGAGUUCGAGCUUUGCUUAUGCUAGUUACACAGACAUUGCCAGUCCUUUAAGUUUGGCGAUGGGCAGUGUCAGUGGCUCUACUACCAGAUCUAAUACUCCCAUAUCCGAGAUUGUGGAAACAGCUCCUAGCGCCAAUAACAAUCUUAGGCGAACUGUGAUUAAUGAAUACUUUGAGAAGAAGAUCGAUGAUUUCCUGAAGCAAGCAAGAUCCAAGGCUCCCGUAACAAACUCACCAGAGGCGGCGCCAGAAAAGAUUCCUGUGAAGGCCAAGGUUAUCGAGAAGCAGCCAACUAUAAUAGCUACUAAGACUCAGCCGGCUAAAACAACGCCUGUGGCUGUUCGACAUUUGCCAGUAGCUUCGCAGAAGGAAUACUUACGUUUAGUCGAACGUAUGCAAAUGCUGGAGCAGAAAAAGGUUCGGGCAGCCAAAACUGUAGCUCCUGCGGCAGCAAGCAAAGCACCUGUUGUCGGAAAGCCAGCACCUCCCAACGUUUCGGCGCCAAACGCAGUAAAAAUUGGGCAAAAUAUAGCAAAGGCUGCUUCAGAAAGUGCCAUUAGUUCCAUUACCACCACUACCAUCAGCAAGGUUGCCACUGCAGCUGAGAAACCUCAAGGCAAACCCACAAAUGGAAAAGCACCAAAGACAAAAGCCAAGCAGAAUCAACCAUCUAAGGAGAGUCGACUGAAGGCCUUUGAGAAUUCGUUUGUCAAGAUUGGGGGAAGCAUGCUAGUUAAUUUGGACAAAUCACUGCAAAUGGUCGAAGAGGCCAAGAAGUCGAAGGCAAUACGUCUGCGAUGCUCACAACGCCUCAAGGAACUCUUUGCCGAGAUGCAGACUGUAAAGCAGACGGUCAAGCAGGAGGAACUUAAACUGGCGAGGAUUCAGCCGGAGAUUCAGGCCAGCCAUGAGAUCAUCAUAUCACUCAAGCAGAAACGUCAUAAGCUCCAUUCGGCAGCAAUGGAUUUGGGCCGAGGAUUAAGGGGCGAUGACUACAGGUUACUCGACGAGGGCAAAGCGGCCAUCACCCGUAAAUCUACACAACUCACUAGGGAGAUACGUCUCUACAAUUCCAUAGUGAAGUACGAUGACCUCAAAAAGCUGACUGACGUUGAGGACAGUCAAUCAAAUACUGUGAUCGAAGCGGAAUCGAAGACGAGUCAAACGGAGAGUGAUUCCCCCGAGCAGCCAAAGGAAUUGAAGGAGGCGGAUACCCCGGAACAGGCAGUUUUAGAACCUACUCAACCUUCCGCAGAGCCUGCGACUGGAAACCAACCUGAAACGGAGACGGAGCCUGAGAUUGGAAAUAAACCUGAAACACGGACAAAGAUUCCAGAUGAUCAGGCGCAGGACAAGACGAUAGAUGUGCCUAUAAAAGCUGCAGGACCCUAUACGGUGUCAAUAAUGCGGGAACUUCGCGAAGAGAAGGCCGACGAGCCUUAUAGGGAGAGCUAUCUCCGUGCAUAUCAAACGCCCAUGUCCCGGAACUACAAUAGCCACCUCGAUGUCCACGCGACCAUCUGCCCCUUUGAUCUAAUGGGUCGCUGCGAGGAUGCGGACUGCUCCUACCUGCAUUUAGCCCGCCCCGAUUUCCAAAACGAGCUGCCAAAGACAACCUCCCUCUCAAUAACUAACAAAACUUACUAAAACACUAAAAGUACAUAUAACCCAAAACAAACAUUAAAUAGCGUGGUUGAAUUCUGGUAAGUUGAACUCUUCACGCGACUUAAUAUUUAAAUGUUGCUUUCAGUCAACGUUAAAAAGAAAGAAACUCACAAAUCAAAUGCCAAGCAGAUGAAGAGAAGCAGCCGCCGAUGCAGCGAGUGCAAAACCAUAAAAAGAGAAAAAGAACAAAGAAAAAAAACAAUCGUUACUAGGUUGUACCUUGUUUGUUAUAUACAUUUAUAUAUAUCCCGUGUAGUGCAAGUUCCAUGUUCGCCAACGCUCGAAAACGAUGUUUCGGGCCACAGUUUGAACGGAUGUGCAUUCCUACUAUCCGCUUAUUAUUUUUUUUACCUUAUUAUUUCCAACGAUUAUUGAACAAACUCGCCAUAAAUGAAUGCCUCAGGGCAAACAACUAGAACAGCAUAAAUCGUUAAUUUUAAUACGCGUACUCUUUAAUUGAUAAAAGCUUGCUUUAAACAAUUUAUUUGAUUGCCAAUUGAAAAUAGUUUUCGUAUCGCAGAGAAUGCCAAAUUUAUUUUUCAUUUUGAAAUCACUUUUCAAUAAUCUUUAUACAUGUUUAAUUAUUAUAAAGUUUUCUAAAAAUGAAAAAAAUGAAUUUACGAAACAAAAUUCGCCAAAAAAAGAGAUGAUGCAAAUAAAUAAAAGUACAAAAUGA